AUGCAUGUUUCUGGUAAAAAAUCAUUGCUAAAAGUUCCCAGAGUAAAUUUCAUACAAAAGAAAAAUUAUCAUGAAGUUACAGGAGAUAUUCUUACUCCAUCUAGAAUUAUGGGCAUCAGUCAUUUAAGAGACCCUAGAUUAAAUAAGGGUUUAGCUUUCACAUUAGAAGAAAGACAAAUUUUAGGUAUUCAUGGACUCAUGCCACCAAAAUUUAAAACACAAGAAGAACAAGUAGAAUUGUGUAAAAUAUCAGUUGAAAGAUAUAAAGAAGAUUUAAAUAAAUAUUUGUAUCUGUGCGAAUUACAAGAAAGAAAUGAAAAAUUAUUUUUUCGUUUGUUAUCAGAGAAUAUAGAAAUGUUAAUGCCUAUCGUAUACACCCCAACAGUUGGAUUGGCUUGCCAAAAGUUUGGCCUCAUUUACAGAAGACCAAGAGGAUUAUUUAUUACAAUCAAUGAUAAAAAUCAUGUUUUUGAAGUUUUAAGAAAUUGGCCAGAAUCUGAUGUCAAAGCCAUAUGCGUGACAGAUGGAGAACGUAUUUUAGGACUAGGAGAUUUAGGAGCUUGCGGAAUGGGAAUACCUGUUGGAAAACUUUCACUUUACACUGCAUUAGCUGGGAUUAAACCUCAUCAGUGUCUCCCUAUCACGCUUGACGUUGGAACAAAUAAUUCACAAUUAUUGGAAGACCCUUUAUAUGUUGGCUUACGUCAAAGGCGUGUUACCGGUUCCAGAUACGAUGAAUUUAUUGACGAAUUUAUGCAAGCCGUAGUGAAACGUUAUGGUUGCAAUACUCUAAUUCAGUUUGAGGACUUUGGUAAUCAUAAUGCCUUUCGAUUUUUGGACAAAUACAUUGAUUCAUAUUGCACUUUUAACGAUGAUAUUCAGGGAACUGCAGCAGUUGCUGUCGCUGGAUUGUUAGUAACUAAAAGAUUAACGGGAAAAAAUCUCUCCGAUCAUACGAUUUUAUUUUUGGGAGCGGGUGAGGCAGCAGUUGGCAUAGCUAAUCUCUGCACAACUGCCAUGAGAACAGAAGGUUUGUCAAUUGAAGAAGCAAGAAAGAAAAUUUGGAUGGUGGACAUAGAUGGAUUACUCGCUAAAGACAGGCCCGAAGGGAAACUUGAUGGACAUAAGAGUGCUUAUGUCAAAGACCAUGCUCCAACAAAAGAUUUAUUAUCAGUUGUAACAGAUAUAAAGCCAUCAAUUAUGAUUGGAGCCUCGGCAGCAGCUGGAGCUUUCACUCCAGAAAUAUUAAAAAAAAUGGCAGAAUAUAAUGAGAGGCCGAUAAUAUUUGCCUUGAGUAAUCCGACAAGUAAAGCCGAAUGCACUGCUGAACAGGCUUACAUUCAUACUGAGGGUCGGUGUAUAUUUGCUAGCGGCUCUCCUUUUCCUCCGGUAACAUAUAAUGGUAAGACAUAUAAAACGGGUCAAGGAAAUAAUGCAUAUAUAUUCCCAGGAGUUGCAUUGGGUGUCAUCGCAACUGGAAUGCAUCAUAUUUCAAAUCAUUUGUUUAUAUUGGCAGCUCAGGCAUUGGCUGACAGCGUGUCUGAUGCAGAUUUAGAAAAAGGAAGUAUAUACCCACCGUUAAACAGUAUUCGAACUUGUUCAGUUCAAAUCGCUACAGAUAUAGCUAAAUAUGCUUACGAAAAAGGCUUGGCCACUCAUUAUCCAGAGCCUCCCAGCAAAAGAGCAUUUAUUGAGGGUCAGAUGUAUGAUUAUCAUUAUGAGAGUGUUCUUCCGAGUACAUACACGUGGCCUCAUCAAGAUGCUGUUAAUAUACCCGUAAAGGCAGUUGAGUUUUUAUUAGGAAAAGUAUCGGUGGUACAAAAUAAAAAAAUAAAAAUGUUUAAAGAUCGUGUUGGACAAUGGACGCAUGGAGAAUAUACCGGUGAUAAUAUUAUUCAUAAUCAAACCCGAGGGAUAGAUCACUUGAGAGAUCCUCAAUUGAACAAGGGCAUGGCUUUUACUAUCGAAGAAAGGCAAAGUUUAGGUAUUCACGGACUUCUUCCGCCAUGCAUUAAAACCCAAGAAGAACAAAUUCGUUUGUGUAAGUUAAACGUAGAAGGAUACGACAGUGAUUUGAGCAAAUACAUAUAUUUGAUGGGUCUUCAGGAUCGUAACGAACGUCUUUUUUACAAGCUUUUGCAAGAAAAUGUUGAACAAUAUAUGCCUCUCGUGUAUACUCCAACUGUAGGUUUGGCUUGUCAAAAAUAUGGUUUGAUUUUUAGAAGACCAAGAGGUUUAUUCAUAACCAUUCACGAUAAAGGACAUAUUUACGAUGUUCUUAAAAACUGGCCCGAAAGAGAUGUACGAGCUAUUGUUGUCACCGAUGGAGAGCGAAUUCUGGGUCUGGGCGAUUUGGGUGUUUGUGGAAUGGGAAUUCCUGUUGGAAAACUUUCUCUUUAUACAGCCUUGGCUGGAAUCAAACCUCAUCAAUGUCUCCCAAUCACUUUAGAUGUGGGAACUAACAAUCAAGCCUUCUUAAAUGAUCCUUUAUACAUAGGUUUGAGACAAAAUAGAGUAACUGGUCCUGAAUAUUAUGCUUUCAUCAAUGAAUUUAUGGAAGCUUCUGUGAGAAGAUUCGGACAAAAUGUACUCAUUCAGUUUGAAGAUUUUGGUAAUCAAAAUGCUUUUCGACUUCUUGAAACGUACCAAGAAAAAUAUUGUACUUUCAACGAUGAUAUUCAAGGUACGGCAUCAGUAGCCGUAGCCGGACUUUUAGCUUCUCUUCGUAUUACCAAGUCUAGACUUUCGGAUUACACUAUAGUUUUUCAAGGAGCCGGAGAAGCUUCUUUGGGUAUAGCCGAACUCAUUGUCAGAGCCAUGGCAAAAGAAGGAACUUCGAUUGAAGAUGCCAAGUCUAAAAUUUGGAUGGUAGAUUCCAAAGGAUUGAUUGUAAAAGGCAGAGAAGGGUUGACUUCCCAUAAGCUUCGGUUUGCUCAAAAUCGGGCCCCUGUGUCUACUCUUUUAGAGGUAGUAAAAAGUGCAAAACCAAAUGUUUUAAUUGGAGCAGCCGCAGUUGCAGGAGCUUUUACUACUGAAAUUCUGAAGGAAAUGGCUAAAAAUAAUGAAAGGCCAAUUAUAUUUGCUUUGAGUAAUCCAACGGCUAAAGCGGAAUGUACUGCCGAACAAGCUUACACGGCCACAAUGGGUAAAUGUGUAUUUGCUAGCGGAUCCCCUUUUCUUCCAGUCACGUAUAACGGUCAAACAUUUUAUCCUGGACAAGGAAACAAUUCUUACAUUUUUCCUGGAGUUGCCUUAGGAGUUAUUUGUGUAGGCAUCAAGACAAUUAGCAACGAGUUGUUUUUGGUGGCUGCUCAAGCUUUAGCUGAUCUUGUAUCCGAACGAGAUCUCGAUAGAGGAAGCUUAUAUCCUCCUUUGGCCGCCAUCCAAAACUGCUCUACUAAAAUUGCUGUUCGUGUAGCGGAUUACGCCUAUAAAACAGGAGUUGCAUCGGUGUUUCCGGAACCUCUGGACAAGGAAAAUUUCAUAAAAGCAGAACUUUACGAUACGUCUUAUUCUUCAGCAAUUCCUGCUCGUUACGCAUGGCCAAAGCUUUGA